CGCCCAGCCCGCCGCCCGCCCUGCCCCGAGGGUGGGCGCGGGGCCGCGUCUCCUGGGUGGCGGCGGUGACUCGGCGAUCUUGGCCCGGAAGCUCUAGAGGGGACCCACCGACGGCGGCGGCGGAGGCGCGGACUUUGUCCAGCGCGGGGGGCGGAGCGGACCGUGUGUCCGCGGGCGGGCCGCAGGGAUGUUGGCCUUCGCAGCUAGGACCGUGCCGGGGCAAGUGGCUGUGUCUUGCUAGGUUCUGCUCGCCCACUUGGUAGCACAGUUAGGCUUAGAGAUCCAGCCCCAGGCAGACAGACAGGGCUCAGAACCUCAGUCCUGCCAUGGAGGACGGGCAGCAGAAGGAGCAGGUGAAGCCCCUGGGCUUCCUCAAGCCCUCCUCCUUGACGAGGGUCUCCGGCCGCUUUAAGGCACACCAGGACUCACUGCCCCGGCUGCCCGUGCCCCCGCUCCGGCAGUCCCUGGACCACUACCUCAAGGCGCUGCAGCCCAUCGUGAGCGAGGAGGAGUGGGCCCAGACCAGGCAGCUGGUGGAGGAGUUUCAGACCUCCGGGGGCGUAGGGGAGCGCCUGCAGAAGGGGCUGGAGCGCAGGGCCAGGAAGACGGAGAACUGGCUGUCCGAGUGGUGGCUCAAGACGGCCUACCUCCAGUACCGCCAGCCCCUGGUCAUCCACUCCAGCCCUGGUGUCGUGCUGCCCAAGCAGGACUUUGUGGAUCUGCAGGGACAGCUCCGGUUCGCUGCCAAAUUGAUCGAGGGUGUGUUGGAUUUCAAGGCCAUGAUUGACAACGAGACCCUGCCCGUGGAGUACCUGGGGGGGAAGCCGCUGUGCAUGAACCAGUACUAUCAGAUCCUGUCCUCCUGCCGCUUGCCGGGCCCCAAGCAGGACUCGGUCACCAACUUCAGCAAGACUAAGAAGCCGCCCAUGCACAUCACCGUGGUGCACAACUACCAAUUUUUUGAGUUGGAUGUGUACCACAGCGAUGGGACGCCCCUGACCUCGGAUCAGAUCUUCACGCAGCUCGAGAAGAUCUGGAACUCGUCACUGCAGACCAACAAAGAGCCUGUGGGCAUCCUCACCUCCAACCACCGCAACUCCUGGGCCAAGGCGUACAACACCCUCAUCAGAGACAAGGUGAACCGGGACUCGGUGCGCUCCAUCCAGAAGAGCAUCUUCACCGUGUGCCUGGACGCGCCCGUGCCUCGGGUCUCGGAAGACGUGUACCGCAGCCACGUGGCCGGCCAGAUGCUCCACGGCGGGGGCAGCAAGCUCAACAGUGGCAACCGCUGGUUCGACAAGACGCUGCAGUUCAUCGUGGCAGAGGAUGGCUCCUGUGGGCUCGUUUACGAGCACGCAACAGCGGAGGGGCCCCCCAUCAUCGCCCUUGUGGACCACGUCAUCGAAUUCACGAAGAAGCCUGAGCUCGUGCGGUCGCCCAUGGUACCCCUGCCCAUGCCCAAGAAGCUACGGUUCAACAUCACCCCUGAGAUCAAGAGCGACAUCGACAAGGCCAAGCAGAACCUCAGCAUCAUGAUCCAGGACCUGGACAUCACUAUGAUGUUCUUCCAUCACUUUGGGAAAGACUUCCCCAAGUCGGAGAAGCUGAGCCCAGACGCCUUCAUCCAGAUGGCACUACAGCUGGCCUACUACAGGAUCUACGGGCAGGCGUGUGCCACGUAUGAAAGCGCCUCCCUGCGCAUGUUUCACCUGGGCCGCACUGACACCAUCCGCUCAGCCUCCAUGGACUCACUGAACUUCGUCAAAGCCAUGGAUGACUCCAAUGUGACGGAGCACCAGAAGGUGGAGCUGCUGCGGAAGGCCGUGCAGGCCCACCGAGCCUACACUGACCGGGCCAUCCGUGGGGAGGCCUUCGACCGGCACCUGCUGGGCCUGAAGCUGCAGGCCAUUGAGGACCUGGUGAGCAUGCCGGACAUCUUCAUGGACACCUCCUACGCCAUCGCCAUGCACUUCAACCUCUCCACCAGCCAGGUCCCCGCCAAGACAGACUGUGUCAUGUUGUUUGGGCCCGUGGUCCCCGACGGCUAUGGUGUCUGCUACAACCCCAUGGAGGCCCACAUCAACUUCUCCGUGUCGGCCUACAACAGCUGUGCGGAGACCAAUGCCGUCCGCCUGGCGCACUACCUGGAGAAGGCGCUCCUCGACAUGCGUGCUCUGCUGCAGAGCCACCCCCGGGCCAAGCUUUGAGCCUCCCAGGCUCGGGCCCACAAUGCCACAGCCAAGCCACCUUGGGGUGGGCCGCCCCCAGGGCUGCACUCCUUUGUUCCCUCUCGCCCGGGCCCCGCAGAUCUGACUGAACCAGAGACAGCAACCCCCGGCGGGGCCUGCAGGCCGGAGCCAAGUGCCUUCCGUGGAUCAUCCCCAGCACCUGCCAGGGCCGAGUCCGGGGCUGAGUUCAGAGGCUGAGCAGGACGUAGGGCCAGGCGCCCGGCAUAUCACCCUUCGAGGACUCCUCCAGGGAAAGGAACCAGCUGAGCCCAUCCCUUGUCCGGGUGGGACACUGGGAGGUCCUUUGUUCGCUAGCUCAGCUCUGCCCAGUCCCUGCCAUCUGCACGCCUGGGGUCUGUUCCCCAAUCCCCAGGCUCUCAAAGGACCUGGAGACAGGAUUAUCUGGAGCUGGGGGCUCCAGGCCCGCCAAGGCU